CUUAAAAGCCGUCCGUGGUACGCCUGCUGGGCUGAUGUCUGGCGAUUACGUUGACGCGCAGCCCUGAGUCUUGAGCUUCCAGCGCCGCUCCCUCGCCCACUGUCGCUCUGGUUAUAUCUCCUGGUUCAGGAUCAACACUCCCGACCACGAGUCCGCCUGCGGGCCACCCUCAACAGCGUGCACCUGCCAGAGAUUCGCCACUGAUCUCGUUCCGAUCUUUCCGCCGCGCUGGAGCCAUGUCCAUGUUGGCUUGGUGAGGUUGGUUUCAACCCCGCCGAGACCCGCUAUUUACCUCGACUCUGGCAUGCUCCAGCGCGCCUCAACCAUCAGCAGCAGAGUCAGCACGCUUCAUCACCACCCGCACCAUGGCCGCGAGAGUGCAUGCGCCCUCGAGCCAUGGCCGCCUGCACAAACGCGGCAACUCAGCCUCGUCCAUUACAAGUCCCCUCAGCCUGCUGUCCGACUCGCCAGCCUUCACUUUUAACCGUUCGGAGACGCCCAAAGUCACGUAUGAAGAACCCUGGACCGACCCUGCCCGCCCCAUGCCCGCCGCGACUUCCUCGAGCAAGAUCAAACCCUACCUGCGCAAGCUCUCCUCCAAGGACAGCAAUGCGCUUGACCUGUCACGCCCUGCUGCCGAGAACGAAGGACUGGCCGGCCUGGGUAUCUCCGACUAUGGCGGCAACCCGCGAUCCGUCACCGAUGUCAGCUUUGCACCCGUGAAUGGUCGCCAUCGUCACAAUCGCUCCACCUCCAACACAUCACAGUUCUCGACGACGUCCAGCCUGCAGCGGCCCACGGCCCCCUACAUGCCUUCCAUCCGCCAAACACCCCGUCCAUACACACCACCCAUCUCCAAGUCCACUCCCUCGUCUGUCAUGGGAAGCGAAAAUGAGGUGGAUGAUAUCAUGACAGAUGAGGAGCUUCGAUUACGACAGAACAUGUUUGACCCCGCUCGCCGAUCAGGGUCGGUGUCUUCGGUGCCGGGCGUGUCCCCGCCAUUACGCAUCCACACCACCGGCUCCUCCACACGGCUCGGGAGCUAUUCACAAUCCGCAGUUUCUCUCACUUCGCCUGUCGUUCCCUCACGAUCGCGCGGGGACACGCUCAAAUCCAUAGACACAACUUCGCCGAGCUCCCGGACUUCCUUCGACAAGGCCUUCGGAUUCAUCCGUGGCGGCAGGGACUCGCCUGCAAAUGUGGAUCCGACUUCACGUGCUGCUUCUAUCCGUGCGGCGCGGCAGGCUUUCAACGAGAAGGAAGGAGCAAAGGAGCGAAAGUACGAGAAGGAGGCUACCCGGCAAGCGGAGAAAGACAUUCGUAAGCAAUACAGGAAGGAAGAGCGGCAGAGGCGUAAGUCUGAUGCGCAAGAGAAAAAGGAACACAAGCGCGGCCGAAGCACAUCCGAUGCCAAUACCAACGAGAGGUCGACCCCACGGCCGUCAAUUAGCGGCAGACAGUAUUCAGACCAUCGUCAAGCCCAUAGCCGUUCGCUUCCUACCCAUGUGAUCUCUGUUGAGCCCGAGAAGAUCAGCGGAGCAGCGCCCCAAGUCACGAAGACCAGAGCGGCUAAAGGUCGCUGGCUUCGAUUCGUGACCUGGUUUAAGACCAGGUUGCUACGACUUUCAAGGAAGUUGCAUAUGAGUUCGUGAGUGGUUGGUUUCCGCCACAUGCAGAAAUGCUUGUAGCCAGCGCCACAUUACUCGCACACCAGUCCACAGGCAAUCACUUGGGAUGACUUGCAUCGGCUCUCUC